AUGUAUCAAUUCAAGGAGAAAGAUCGUUUGAAUAUAUAUGCGCAACACUAUGCUGCUAGCAAAAUCACAACAAUUCCAAGAGACCCAACUUACUUAACAUCUGUGUUCACCUCAGUCACUAACGUCGAUUUUGUAAAUGAACGCAACACAAGCUGUCGAUCGUUCGUUAAGCGUCCAGCCAACACCAAUAUGCAUGUUUAUUAUUUGCUGACAAUUAUUAAUGAUUAG